GCCUUAGAGACUAUUUUAGCAAAUUUGGAGAAAUUAGAGAAUGUAUGGUCAUGCGAGACCCCACCACGAAACGCUCCAGAGGCUUCGGGUUCGUCACGUUUGCCGACCCAGCGAGUGUAGAUAAAGUAUUAGGUCAGCCCCACCAUGAGUUAGAUUCCAAGACGAUUGAUCCCAAAGUUGCAUUUCCUCGCCGAGCACAACCCAAGAUGGUCACAAGAACAAAGAAAAUAUUCGUGGGCGGACUGUCUGCGAACACAGUGGUGGAAGAUGUAAAGCAAUAUUUCGAGCAGUUUGGCAAGGUAGAGGACGCGAUGCUGAUGUUUGAUAAGACGACCAACAGGCACAGAGGUUUUGGCUUUGUCACUUUUGAGAAUGAAGACGUGGUGGAGAAAGUCUGCGAGAUUCAUUUCCACGAAAUCAAUAAUAAGAUGGUAGAAUGUAAGAAAGCUCAGCCGAAGGAAGUCAUGUUCCCACCUGGGACAAGAGGCCGGGCCCGGGGCCUGCCCUACACCAUGGACGCGUUCAUGCUCGGCAUGGGGAUGCUGGGCUACCCCAACUUCGUGGCGACCUACGGCCGCGGCUACCCUGGAUUUGCUCCCAGCUAUGGCUACCAGUUCCCAGCCCUAUUGCCAUAUUUAAAUGCAAGUUUCCCAGCGGCGGCGGCUUAUGGACCUGUAGCAGCAGCGGCUGUGGCAGCGGCGAGAGGAUCAGUCCUGAAUAGCUACAGUGCUCAACCGAAUUUUGGCGCGCCCGCUUCCCCGGCAGGCUCCAACCCGGCGCGGCCCGGAGGCUUCCCGGGGGCCAACAGCCCAGGACCUGUCGCCGAUCUCUAUGGCCCUGCCAGCCAGGACUCCGGAGUGGGGAAUUACAUAAGUGCAGCCAGCCCACAGCCGGGCUCGGGCUUCGGCCACGGCAUAGCUGGACCUUUGAUUGCAACGGCCUUUACAAAUGGAUACCAUUGAGCAAGUGCUUGCCUUGCCAACUCACGCUGAGAGCAUACCUGGAUGUCCAGGCAAGACUGGGCGAAGUUUCUGAGUGGCCCUUUGUUUAGGUGACGUCAUCAGACCUGGACCCCCCCACCAGCCUCACCCCCCUCCCAACCAGAGAUGGCUCCCUUCGAAUAGAGAGUGGACCGCAUCUCAACAUCUCACGAAUCUGCUGUAAAAUAAGACGACAGCUUUUAAAUGUGUACCUAACCCACGAUUUGGGUUUCCUUUUCGCUUUGUUGGAUUUCUUUCUUUCAUUUGUUGCUUUCUGUCUGUCUUUCCUCGAUGGGUCCCCUCUCUCCCCCUUCACUUUUGAAAUCCCUUUGAAUCACAUUUGGUCGUGGUUUUUGACUUAGUCUAGUAGUCAGUCAUAGAGCUUUAAUAUCUAGUUAACAGCUAACCAUAGUAUAACUGUUAUAUUAAGGAGUUAAUUUUUUUUGGGCUUGUUGAUUCUGCUCACUUUUAAAGGAUGCUGAGAUGGGAAUGUUCCUCCCCGUCUGUGGGUUCCCAUUCUGAGAUGGUGUGGAUUUUCAGGUGGAACUUUCUAGCACACACUGAAUCGUCGUCGAGGUUGAGCGAGGCGGAGCGGGGAGCGGGCAUCCACUCUCUCGCGUGCUGGUAGACCAAGCGAGAUGAGAUGCCGUAGGCUACUUAGCAGAAGAGCAGCUCUUUCCUGGCGUCUCUCUGUUAACCCGCGUCUCUCUGUUUUCGGCAAUAAGGUGAGGACAACGGUGUUUUCAGUGCCCUCCUUUUCUAUACGUGCUUUUUUUCUGUUGAAAGAGGUGAUAUUAUAAGGUUUUUUGAAAUUGUGAAUUCUAAAAGAGAAACGCUGUAAAUACAAUUCCAUGAACUACAUAGAAACUAUUAAGAAAGAAUCAAAAAAAAAAAAAAAAAGCUAUUUUUGUGAGGGCGUCUGUCCCAGGCAGUUUGAAUGCUCUGCAGGAGGAGGAAAGGGGGGUGCAGGCAGCGACUGAGGUGAAGACACCCCCUCUCGGCUGCCAGGGCGACCCCAGGAGAAGUGAGAGCUCCCGGCUCCUUUGGUCUGUGUGAGAAACCUAAGAACUGUGUUCGUGUCAUACCAGCAUAUUAACCUCGCGUCUGUGCACAGCUUCAAAUGUACCGUCGAGUUAGAUUUUUAUUUAAAAGUAUGGAAGGAAAAAAACCCUGCUUUUCCCAAGAUGUUUUUUAAAAGACAAAGCUACAAUUUUAAUAUUUAACAUAUUUAAAAAUUCAAAGCACACCUGUUUGGCUCGGGUGGGGAUAGGUGGGGGGCAUUCUUCCUUCAGCCUUCAUUGUUAACUUGUGGUCAUUUUCUAUUGUCCAAUCAUUUCAGCACCUCCAAGGUCUCUUGGACAGCUGGCCUCUCUUCUGCCUCCCCCGCCCCCGCCCCCAUCACCCCCACCCCACCCCUACCCGCCCACCACCUUUCCCCAGCUCUGGGGCCCAAGGGCCAGGGGUGGCUGAGCCUGCAUCAAUGAAGCCCCUCUCCGUCCACUUUCUAUUGACAAAUUAGUAAAGAACCUUUUGAUUUAUAUUUUUUUUUAAUACCUCAGUGCUGCAAGUAUCACCAGAGAGGCUAUGGGAGAUUUUUUUUUUAAUUUAUUGUAGAUGUAAACAGAAUUUAAAAAAAAUAAAAAGUAUAAACAUCA